AUGACUGCUCAAGGAUUCAAGCACGUUGGAGCUAUUUUAUCGCGUAAUUUUACGCUCACGUCGAACGUCAGAUCAAAAUCGAUGAAAGUCACAGUUUUCGGCGCCGCCGGACGAACAGGGAGCUGCCUUUCCCUCUUUCUCAAGCAAACUUCUCUGAUCGACGAACUAGCGAUCUACGACAAAGUCAGUGUGGCUCCUCUCGCUCUUGAACUGAGUCACAUCGACACCAAACCGAGAGUAACUCACUACGAAAGUAACGAGGAAGGUUUGAAAAGAACGUUGGACGAUACGAAAAUCCUCGUAAUCACGGCUGGGGAAGCUUGCGACGGUAAACACUCAACGAACGAUGCUUUUAUGGCCAACGCCAAAAUCCUCAUGGAUUUGAUUCCCAACGUCAUUAAAUACUGUCCAACGGCUCUCGUCGCUCUGGCAACCAGCCCGAUGAACCAACUAGUCCCUCUGAUUGUCGAGAUCUACAAGAAACACGGUUUCUACGAUUACAACAGAAUUUUCGGAAUAACGGCCAUCAAUUCGAUGCGAGCGAAUAAAUUCGCUGCUGAGAUCAUAGAAUUCGAGCCAGAGUGCGUCAUGGUCCCGGUUAUCGGUGGUAAUUGUUGCAGAACUUGCGUUCCUGUCUUCUCGCAGAUGAAGCCGCGUUGCGAAUUCACUCAUAAUUGGGAAAAUUUCACGAGGAGCUCGAAAGAAAAAGGAAAUUCUUCGCUGUCGAUGGGAUUUGCAGCAGCAAGAUUUUGCAUCUCGUUGUGCAAAGCCUUGGUCGGGGAACGCGACGUCGUGGAAUUCGCUUACACUCGCUCCUGCGUUAUCCCGGAAGUGACGUAUUUUGCGGGCCCGUUGGAGCUCGGUCCCAGUGGAAUUCAAAAGUAUUUGGGUGUGCCACCGCUCACGAAUGAGGAAUGCAAAAAUCUUGAGUGCGCGAUCCCCCAUUUGCGGGAGGCGAUCACAGCCGGAGAAGCAUUGGUGCUCGGUCCCCGGCAGUCGUCGACGGAGACGUGCCCGCAGCAUCCCGACAUCUGCGGCCAGGAGAUCUCCGGCAAAAUGCAAAAGUCUGAUAAAUUUUCGCAGCCGUGUCCGAUCUGACGGGGGAAUAAGAGCGGAGAAAAUAAAUGGAGGAAUGUGAGUGGGGAAGAAUAAAAAAUGAAAGGAAGAGCUUUGGAAGUGGCGAGGGCAGAUGGAAAUCCGUACUUCGUCGUCGGGGCUCGCGGACGUCGACUUUCUCGUCAAAUCGUAAGCACGAGCUCGACGAGUGCCUGAAUUACACGAGUUUCGUAACAAACUCGAAAAUCUCGUUUCGAGCAAAUUUUUCUGCUGAGACGAACGAACGUGA